AUGGAGAAAGCUUAUGAUAAGAUGAGUUGGAAUUUUAUUGGGGAAGUGCUUGGAAGUAUGAAGUUUGACGAAGUCUUUAUCAGAUGGGUGAAUAAGUGUAUUGAACUUAAGAGAAUGGGGCUUCUCCUCAAAGGUGCUGUUCAAGGAGUUAUCUCGCCGACUUGUGUGCUGCGCCAAGAAGACUCCCUAUCUCUAGCUCUUUUCAUUAAAGCAGCGGAUGUUCUCUCUACACUUUUAAUGGCUAAAAAUGAGGAGGGUGAGAUUGCAGGAAUGAAAAGGAUGAAAAAAGACUCUAUGUAUCUAGGGCUGCCACUUUUCAAAUCCUUGACGAGAUCCAAAGACCUUAACCUCCUUGUGGAUAAGGUGAUGCAGCGAGUUAAAAGUUGGAAAACAAGAUUACUAUCCAAGGCGGGUCGAGCUUGUCUCAUUCAGUCGGUAGGAUCUUCCAUUGCUACUUAUGUAGCAACCUCCGAUGUAAUCCCUAAAACAAUAGCAAGAAGAGUGGAUAAAGAGCUACGAGAUUUCUGGUGGGGUGAUAUGGAGACAAAGAAAACCUAG